GCGCACGGCAGGACCAGCGUGCGUGUGUCUUUGAGAGUCCGAAAUGUUUGACUUCUUUCCUCCAGCGGGACACGGCGGGGACGCGCUCCAGCUCGCCUCCUCACUUUGGUAACGGAUUGGAUGAGUCAUGUUUUGGGAGUAGAGACGGAUCGGUCUACCUGCACACUUUUUCUUCUGCAAGUCGUCUCCUUGCGCCGCUUUAAGUGGAGAAUGUGGACGGAACGCGAGGUGCGCGCACACGCGGACGCGAGGAAAGCUGGAGCGUGAAGCUGAGAAUGUUUGCGGGGUAACUGGGCUGCAACUUUCCUGAGAAUUCUCCACCAGCGUGCAUUCUUCACGCGAUCUAAACGCGCAGGACUGACCGGGACAACCUGCUGCUUUGCGAUCCUUUUCCCUUCAAUUUUGCAAUUCUGAUUCCCGAAGUGGCUCCGAAGUGGUGUUGCGGCUCCUCGUCCCCGGCGGAUCCGGAGAUCGGAGUCUCUGCACCGGCAGGAGGCGGAGUAGGAGCUCCGUCCACACCGCGCGUUCCCAAGAGCGGCCGCGUCAAGAGGAUGGUGCGUCUGGCGGCGGAACUGCUGCUCCUCCUGGGACUACUUCUCCUUACUUUGCACAUCACAGUGCUGCGGAGCAGCCCGAUGCCACACGGAAACGGAACCGUGAGCGUGGAUCAGGACGCGGCACUCACAGAGCAGAAUAAUAUAAAUGCAAAAAGCAGCUCGUCUUCCCAGCUGGCUCCUGGAGACCGGAGGGCUGGUUCAGGACACCGGUUGCCCCACAAACCCGCCUCCCUCCCUUGGGCACAAGGCACGGGCACCAGCCUGCACAGGGAUAGCCCUGGAGCGUUUCUCCUCGAUCUCCACAAUUUCCCCGACCUCUCCAAAGCCGACAUCAAUGGACAGAAUCCCAACAUACAGGUGACUAUUGAAGUUGUGGAUGGUCUGGAGAGCCACGAGCCAGAAAAAGGCCUCCGCAAAGAGAGCAAACCUAGCUGGGCUUCACCAAACUGGAGAAACUGGUGGCCUCACUCAUCGUCUUCCAGCCCUCAUCAAAGAGAAGAGCGUGAACACACCUACGGGAGCCACAGUGAGGACAGCAACUUCCUCAGGCCGCUAGGAGACUGGGACAGGAGAGGAGGCACCGGAGGAGGAAGCAAAUCCCAGACCGAGUAUGACUAUAUGGAUGGAGAAGGAGACUGGAGUAACUGGUCAGCGUGCAGUGUCACCUGUGGGAAUGGCAACCAGAAACGAACCAGGUCAUGUGGUUAUGCGUGCACUGCUACCGAGUCACGUACAUGUGACAUGCCCAACUGUCCAGGUAUCGAAGAUGCCUUCAGGACAGCUGCUACUGAAGUCAGCCUGUUAGCUGGAACAGAUGAGUUCAAUGCCACGGAGCUCUUUGGUGUUGACACAGACAGCUGUGAACGAUGGAUGAACUGCAAGAGUGACUUCUUGAAGAAGUAUAUGACCAAAGUGGCCAACGACCUUCCCAGCUGCCCCUGCUCUUACCCCACUGAAGUGGCAUACAGCACGGCAGACGUACACGAUGCCACCAGGCGCCAAGACUUCCGCUGGAAAGAUGCCAGCGGACCAAAAGAGAAGCUGGAGAUCUACAAGCCCACCGCGCGCUACUGCAUCCGCUCCAUGCUGACGUUCCAGUCCACCACACUGGCUGCGCAGCACUGCUGCUAUGACGACAACAUGAAGCUCAUCACCCGCGGCAAAGGGGCGGGCACGCCCAACCUCAUCAGCACAGAGUUCUCAGCGGACCUCCACUACAAAGUGGACAUCUUGCCUUGGAUCAUCUGCAAAGGCGACUGGAGCCGUUACAACCAGGCCAGGCCGCCAAACAACGGGCAAAAGUGUCCCGACAAUCCACAGGAUGAGGACUACUACAAACAGUUUGAAGAAGCGAGGGAAUUCUAGCCAUUUCCAUUUUAAGACAAAAACACAUUGCUUAAACAUUCAGCAAAACCUCAGAAAAGGUGCUGAAACCACAUUGUGUUUAAGUCAAAAAACACACAAGGAACAUGAGGAAGACUCGCUGUUCUUGUGAACUGAGAGGACGAUAAAUCGAACACAAUGGUCAUUGUUUCACAAAGAACAUCACUAAAACCUACACAAAGCCUUUAAAAAAAAAAAAUAAAAUUUGUAAACAAAAUAGGUCUGUAAAAAAAUGUUUUUCCCCUUUUUUAAAUUUUGCAAUUGCAUUGUUUUCAGUGUUAUUUUACAAAGGGAGAGAAGAGUUUAUAUUCAUAAAAGGGAAAAUAUUAACUGUUUGGACUGCCUUUGUGUUCAAUUAAUUUGUGUUUGUUAAUAGAAAAAUGAGAUUCUUCAGGAUUAUGUUGAGCAGUACUGUUUUUGUAAUUGCAUAUACAAGCCUUUAAGUAAGACUGUGAGUAUGUUUAAUUCGCAUGCACAUUUUUUUUAAAACAGAAAUUAACCACUGCGGCCCUGACAAAGAGCAGUCUCGUCCCUAUGUAAACCAUCAAUAUUUUUUGUAAAGUAUUUAUUGAGAUGUAUCUGAGUCCGAGUUGGGUGUCUAUGAUUGAAGUUUCUGACUCAUAUAUGGCUAAAUGCGAUGUUGAGAUGCUUCUCUAGUGCACCACUAAUGUCCAAAUUGCUUCAAGUUAGGAUUGAAUUUAAGAGUUAGGACUGUGUGAACACCAUAGAACAGGAAGGUUUUAAGAUACAAAUCUAUAAAUAAAUUUUUUAAA